ACAAAGCAUUACUCAAUGACGAGUCAAACAACUGAAAACCCAGAAUACAUUUAUGAUCUUACUGUCAAGGAUGCCAAGGGAAAAUAUGUGAAUCUCGGUAUUUACAAAGGGAAAGUGCUAUUAAUUGUUAAUGUUGCUUCCAAAUGUCGAAUGACAAACUUGAACUACACCGAACUGAAUCAAUUAUAUGAGAAGUAUAAAGGACAAGGCUUGGAGAUUCUGGCUUUUCCAUGCAAUCAGUUUGGAGAGGAGGAACCAGGAUCAAAUGAUGAGAUUUCGGAAUUUGUUUGCGCCCGCUUCAGAUCGGAAUUUCCCAUCUUUGACAAGAUUGAAGUAAAUGGCAAUAAUGCUUCUCCACUGUACAAGUACUUAAAGUUAGGGAAUUGGGGAAUUUUCGGAGACGAUAUCCAAUGGAACUUUGCCAAGUUCUUGAUCGAUAAGGAUGGCCAAGUUGUUCAUCGUUAUUACCCGACCACUUCCCCGCUUAGUCUUGAGUAUGACAUAAAGAAGCUAUUGGAAUGAUCAUUGAGAAAGAGGGAAGAUGAAAAGCUGCCUGAUUAACGCUGAGAGAUAAAAGCUAGACGGACCAACCAGUCGAAGUGUAAGCAUAAAAUACUUCAUCUCAUACAUGAGCGUUUAUUCCAGGUUUGUAAAAUUUGUAUUGCAGAAUUCCAUGUUAGAACUAUGUCUAACAAGACCAAAUUCACCAUGUAUGUUAGUUUUAUAUAUUGGAUGUAGUGGUUGCCUUUGUUUAAGAUCAAACUCAAGGGCAUUGACAUUGGGCUUUGGCUAAAAUGUCAUUGGCACUGAUCUUUUCAAGUUUGUUCUUGCAUUAAAUGCAACUUUGUUUUUAUUGAUUAAUCAUCUUGUUGUAAUACAAAACGUCACAAUUUGAUUU